AUGAGCACGUCGGGGGACAGCGCGGGCGGGCCGCAGCGGAGGCCAGCGGACCGGACCGGGACCAGCGACCGGACCAGGACCAGGGACCUGCGCGGAGGAGUCCAGGUGCGGGGGGAGGCCCAUCCCUCCCAGGACCUCGCCGCUGGGGCCGGCAGGCCGGCAGGGCAGCCCGUGAAGUGGUUCCGGGAGGCGCUUGCCUUUCUCGGGGUGAAGAGCCACAGGUUUGAUGUCUCUGCUGUUUAUCCUGAGCAGAAGCUGAGAGAAGCUUCGUUCCAUGAGCUAUGCUCUUGCAUGAGUUACUGCUCCUCCCUGAAGUGUGAGGAGGCCAAUGACAGAGGAAUUCAUUCCCACUUAGGAUCUGGGACCUAUGGCUGCAAGGAGACCUGCUUCAGCAAGAAAAAGGUCAAGAAGGAGGUGGGUACAGGCUGGGCCAAGGCCCAGAAAGAUCGGCUACCCCAGCUGCCCCACUUCUAGUCCCAGACCAUCAUGAGAGAGAAGCGGCUGCAGAAGGACAAGCUCGGGCCCGGCUCCUACAACUUCAAAGACUUCUUAGAACAGCUGCGGCAGAAACCGUCCAGCAACCGGGGGCUGCUCAGCUCCGGGGAGCUUCGCUUUCAAGGACUCAUCGGGAACUACUAUCCAGGCCCUGGAAAUUAUGGAGAGAAGGGCAACCCAUACACAAGGCUGGAGAAAAAGGCCUGGGACCGGUCUCACUCCGAGGGCCUCAUGUGCCGGAUGACCAACAAGCCGCAGCCCUUGGGUCAUGAGGGCAGCGGCCUGGCACCAUGCACCUACUCCUUCAAAAGUGGCAUAGAGGCAUACGUGGCACGCGCCAUGGGCACCCGCGGCCCCUACGACACUUUCUCCGGCGACCGAAGCAAGCCCCAACCUUACGGACAUUUCUCUGUGCAGAAAAAAAAGCCCAGUGAGCUGAUGAAUGUCAAGAGCUUCAUGGAAGACCUUAACUCUGCUUGCAAUAAGAAGCGUGGGGUGUUUUCGAAACUUUCCCGCAACCCAACCACCCCUUCCGAGAGGAUUUACUGGAGCACCCUCAGCCAGUGUCCCCGAAAACUAGCCACGUCUGGGCCGGGCAUGUGGCUUCCUCCAGAGAAGGAAUGCAAACGGGGCACCCAGCCACCGUUCCUGCUGUCCUCCAAGCGGACCAGCGGGAGGAGCACCCAGAUGCUUCUGGGGAGCUGGAACCCCGUAGGUGUGGGCUACUACCUCAACACCUGGCUGAUGGAGAGCAAGGACCAGCGGCAGCGAUAUCGGUCCCUGUUCAUGGGCGGAGCCAAGCGCUAUCCCUCGAACCCGGCCCGGGACAAGUUCUUGCAGGAAAGGAUCACACCUUUUACUAAGGGGAAGUGCUUUACCACUGUGGAUUAUAAUUCGGAUCCUACUCCUUGAAGCCACAUGUGAAGGACAGCCUGCGGUGACCAGAGGGCCCAAAGGACUGAAGACAAAUCUGGGGAUCGGAGGGUGGAAGUGGGGAUGGAGGGGUCUUGGAGAGAGGACACUUGGGGAUGCCGGGGAGAGGGGUGUUUUGUGGUAGUGGGAUCACUUCUGUCGGAGACAACUCCCUGGGUCACAAUGUCUGCUGGGACAUCUGGAGCCAGGCAUCUUUUGAUAUGAGAGCUCAGUUAUCCUGAGAAUUCAAACUGGCCAGUGACAUGGACAUGGGAGCCAGACAGCGGAUGGACCGAAGGGGUGGCAUACGGUGGGCACUUUUGGGACCCCUUCUAUUCUAAAGCCGAAGUGUUCGACUCCCUGUUCAUUAAAUUCCAAGAGGUGGCCGAGUGUGGCGUGUGUCCUAAGGCAGCUCUACGUCCCCAGCAGGAGAACUCUGUCUCCAUCCAUUUUGUAGGCGAGGAAAUAGUCUUCACAGGGUUCACUUGCCAAAAUUUGUUAGAUCACAACCUGGUGACCAAGCCAGGACUGUAGCCCAGAGCUCCUGACAACCAGGUCUGGUGCCUUAAAAAAGAUACUCCCCCUCCCCCUGCCCUAGGCGGGCUG